AUGUUUUUCUUCUUUUUUUUCCAGGUGAGCAACAUGUUCAUUGUAAGUUUAGCGAUCGCGGACUUGAUUGUUGGUCUGAUUGUAAUGCCACUGAAUGCGACCUACAUCUUCACCAUCGACUGGUUGUUUGGCUUGGCUGUCUGUCAGAUCUGGAUUGCAAUCGACUACCUGGCCAGCACGGCAUCCAUUCUCAACUUAUUCAUUCUCAGCCUUGAUCGCUACUGGUCCAUCAUGUCGCCACUCAAAUAUAUGCGCAAACGGACUAAAAAGCGAGCGUUGAUCAUGAUUUCGUUCGUCUGGCUCCUGUCGUCUUUAUGGAUCAUUCCUAUCACCGGUUGGCACGCGUUUGUGCACGGUGGCGUACGUACAGUCCCAAGUGACACCUGCGACACAGAGUACGCCAAGAACUCCGCCUUCAAGGUCGUGACGGCGUUUUUCAACUUCUAUUUGCCCCUAUUUCUAAUGUUUUUCCUCUACAUUAAAAUAUUUCAAGAGAUUCGAAAACGCUCUAAAUUCGAGCUUGGCCAACGAACCUGCGGCGGAAUGAUUGUUAUGACCAAUCAACCUCAGCAUCAGGAGCAACCACAGCAGCAGCAGCAACAACAACAGCAGCAUUCUCACCAUCACAAGCAAAACAAUCAUCACCAUCACAAUUACCACGGAGUAGCCGGCUCAAGUAAAAACACAGUUAGCAAUAGCAGCCAUCAGAUUCAGUUAAAAGAAGCCCGCCAUAAAUCGCGACACAGCAGUUAUAUACCCAUGCCCAGUCGCACGUCGCUAGUGGAGACGAGCGAAGUACUGAACGAUGGUUCUCGUUCAGCUAUUACAUUACGCGCCAUGACAGGAAAAACACCCCGGGACUCAUCAGCCGGAGCCCCACACGAGACACUGGGUGGGGCGGGAAAAGACCCUAGACAUUGCGUCGUGACAAACCAACCCCAGCAAUUAUGGCGUAACAAUGUCAAUUUCAAGAUGGAGACGGCGCCACCUUACGAACGCCGCCUGCAAGAAUACGUCUAUGACGAAAAUGUCGUCGACCCUCUGACAGAGAAGGUGGAACGCUACUACUACGAGGAGCAGUCGACGUUGUGCUGCAGGCAAGCCGAAGUUAUAAGCAACCCUGCCGCUUAUCGGGAAACUUCCUUCAUCACAAGACCACGGUCGGGCCGAUUGAAAGUUUCUACGACGACACCAGAUAAAUCUUCACUGCCUACAGGGAGUCCAACCCCAGCUGAUGCAGCGGCAACUAUAGCCGCUGUGGUUGGUGUUGGUGGCAGUGCAAAGAAGAUUCGUAAAUCAAAAACACCAGACAGAACUGCAAAGAUUAAAAAACGACGGGAUGAGCCUUCGGUUAAAUUGAAAUGCUUGCAUCACAGCUCGGCAAGUAACGGAAGUUGUGACAGUAGCAGUGAGGGCAGUAGUAUAUGUUUGAGCUUAACUAGGGCCAUGUCUGGCAAGUCACGGUUUCCGAGAAAAAGUAGCCAGGGAACACUGGCUGGCUUUGCUUCGACGAACGGCGCUAGUAAUCAAAAAAAGGCGUCAGCCAAUAAACUAGCAACAGGCGAUUCCCGCCCUCACAGACAGCCUGCGUCUUCGACGACCCUGCGGAGGGACAGUGACCUGAGCGACGAUCUUCCAAAAGACGAGAAAGGUCGGCGCUCAAACUUUGCACCCGCCAACAUUAAGGGCCGGUUGAAAAACUUGAAACAGAGCGCCUCGUUGACCCGCGAAAUCAAAGCCGUACGCCAGUUAGGGGUCAUAAUGGGAGCUUUUACCGUCUGUUUUCUUCCGUACUUUAUUCUCUUCAUGGUGGUAGCCUUCUGUGACGGCUGUAUAGAUCCGGGUCUCAUCACAGCCAUGACAUGGAUUGGCUAUCUCAACUCGACCCUCAACCCAGUACUUUAUCCACUGUGCAACCUGAAUUUUAGGCGUAAAUUUCGGAAAAUGUUAGGACUCGAAGCACAGUCUAAAAGGAGUCGUUACAACCCUCCAAAUACAGUUAACAAUGUCGGUGUUGUUCGUUACGACUAA